GGUACAUGCCCUUGUACGUGGUUGUGCGCCGGACGUGUGUGCUCGUGGGGUAGCGAGUGGGUGCCAUUCUAGAACAAUGCUUCAUAGCAAGGUUGGCAGAUCAGUCCGACCUCACGGGUUAAGAACAAAGCAACUCGCUGCAGAGAUAGUAUUUGUACCACGCAUCAUCCUAGACACAACUAGACACGCUCAAACUACUUGACCAUUUACUCUUGUCAAUCCAAUCUAGUCAACAUGGGCUCAAUCGGUAACCCUGCCAGCAUACGCUGGCCAGCACCAAAGCAAUUGCAGGACAGCGUGUUCAAAAUGUUCGACAUGCAUGGCAAGGUCACGAUCAUCACCGGAGGAUCAGGGGGAAUCGGUUACGAGGUUGCGAAAGCCCUCGCAGAAGCCGGCUCAGAUAUCGCUUUGUGGUAUUACAAGUCUCCAAACGCCCAAAAGCUCGCUGCCAGCAUCGAGAAAGACUUUUCCGUCAAGUGCAAAGCCUACCAGUGUGAUGUUGCAGACUAUGACCAGGUGUCGAGCGCCGUACAAGCUGUUGUCGCUGACUUUGGUCGCCUGGAUGUCAUGAUCGCCAAUGCAGGAAUCCCAUCAAAAGCCGGAGGUCUCGAUGACAGGCUUGAAGAUUGGCGUCGUGUGGUAGAUGUGGAUUUCUCCGGUGCCUACUACUGUGCUCGUGUCGCUGGUGAGAUCUUCCGCAAGCAAGGUUCAGGAAAUUUGAUCUUCACGGCUUCCAUGAGUGGCCACGCAGCCAAUGUGCCCCAGCAACAGGCUUGCUAUAAUGCUUGCAAAGCAGGUGUCAUUCAUCUUGCCAAAUCACUUGCCGUGGAGUGGGUUGGUUUUGCCAGAGUAAACUGUGUUAGCCCGGGCUACAUAGAUACUGCUAUCUCCGGAGAUUGUGCAUUCGAGAUGAAGGAGGCGUGGUAUGAGUUGACACCCAUGAAGAGAGAUGCGGAUCCCAGGGAGUUGAAGGGUGUGUAUUUGUAUCUUGCUUCCGAUGCCAGUACGUACACUACAGGGGCCGAUAUUGUGGUCGACGGUGGCUACACUUGUCGGUAG